AUGCAAAUGCAGGACUGGGCCCGUGCUUUCCCUCGGCCCCGAUACUCUCGUGUCAUGAAGCCGAGGAGCGCUGGAAAUAGCCCAUCGUCAAUCACCAGGAGGAGGACCACCGUUGCCCAGAGUGGCAUGCAGGGAGUUCCUAACCAGUAUCAAUCCUCCCUGGAAGCUGCUCUUCUUGCCUCUGCGUCUCGGAAUCCUCGCCCUAUCAGUUGGCACCCGUCGUCAGCCAGGACCAGAGGUCUCUCCAAUUCGACAUACGUUCCUGACUACACUCAAGAUAGUUAUGUCGAUAUGAACACAAUUCCCAGUCAGCCUCUCGAUGUGAAUGCACUCUCUGUCUAUGGUAGUGAGAGCAUGCUUUCAUAUCCCAUGGACACAACACUCUCGCCAGAUAGCUACAUCCCCUUCUACCUCGACACCCACGACGCCAUGCCUCUUCAACACACCAUCCCUAACUCGCAGGUCGAGUCAAUGGCAUGGGAUACUGCCUCCAACCACAUCGAUAUGUCCACCAUGUCGCAAACAACUUCUGAUGGAUGGUCACUUGACAUGUUGUCAAUGGCCAACAUCCCCCCAGCGGAAACUACCUGCCCCAGCUACGCGAGUGUGCCAUCCCCUGGAGAGCUUAGUGGCCCAUCAACUCCCGACUUCCUCCCCAUCCAGCAAUUCGAUUCGCCCGCCUCUGUUCAAGAAAAGAAGCAAGGCAAGCCUGAGGAGGAGCUGGUUGGCAUGGGACUGUACAGUCAACCGGAUGGCUCAAUGAGCCAGUCGCAGCAGGGUAUCUUGGGCAAGGGACUGAAGCUUGAGGAAACUUUUUCGCCAUCUGACGACGAAAAAGAUGAUGGAUCUGAGGAUGAGGAUGACGAUGUGAACGAACUAGAGCCUGUGCCUCAACAAAUCAUCCCGCAACAACCGGCGCCCAUGCCUCAGCAAAACGUGUCAAUGCCCAGACAGUAUGCUCAGCCAGCCUUGAACCUUCUUCACAAGUCUUUCUUCUUCGACCACGAUGAUAUGGAUCAGCAAACAAUGCCUUCUGCGCCCUUUGCUAGCCUGAAUCAAUCUUGCAUGAGUUACGGAUACGGUUGGAUUUGA